AUGUCUCUACCUUCAGCUCCGCCCAUCUUGAAUUUCUCUCCAUUCUAUGGUCAAGACAGCGACGCGAAAACCAAGUUGAUCGACGAGGUCCGCAAAUGUUGCCAAUAUAAUGGGUUUUUCCAGAUCACCGGCCACCGCAUUCCACUGGACUUGCAGCGCCGCGUCAUGAAUUGCUCCAGGCGCUUCUUUGAUCUCCCUCUGGAAGAGAAACUCAAAGUUGACAAGAAUCUCACCACGUUCAACAGAGGCUACGAGCUCCUCCGAUCGCAAAUGCUAGAAGUGGGCACCGGACCUGAGCUGAAAGAAGGCCUAUACAUCGGCGAGGAAAUACCCGAAGACCACCCCUACUAUUUGGAGAAGAAGUUGAACAGCGGACCUAACCAAUGGCCGUCUACGAUCCCCAGCAAGGAGGAAUUCCAAAAAACAACCAUGGAAUACUACCACGCGGUAUUCGAUCUGGCAAAGGAUGUUUUGGGAGUCCUGGCUCAAACAUUGGGAGUUGAAUCAACUUUCUUCGACCCUCUCACACUCGGAGCUGUCGCGACAAUGCGAUACCUACACUAUCCCGCGCAGCCACAGGAUACCGACGAGAAAUUGAACCGCGGUAUCGGCGCGCAUACCGACUUCGGAUGCAUCACUCUGCUUCUGCAGGAUGAGGUUGAUGGUUUGCAAGUCCUAGACGCGCCAUCCGGACAAUGGCUAGAUGUCAAACCCGUUCCCGGGGCAUACGUGGUCAAUUUGGGUAAUCUCUUCAUGCGCAUGGCGAACGACAAAUACAAAUCCAACACCCAUCGUGUGAUCAACAAAUCCGGUCGGGAGAGAUACUCGAUUCCCUUCUUUUUCAGUGGAAACCCUGAUUAUAUCUGCGAGUGCUUGCCUAACUGUCGUGAGGAAGGUGAACCUGCCAAGUACGGUCCGAUUACCGUGCAAGAUAUGGUGACGGCAUCUUACAAGGAGAGCUAUGGCCGCGCUGAGGCAUUCAAGAAAGAUUUUGAUUUACAGAAAGAAGAUGCCAUUCCACUUGUUGCUGCGGUCGGUGCUUAG